AUGCGAGUUCAUCUAAGAGAUACCAUACCGGAUCGGUCGAGGCCCGGGUUAACAACGACCGCCACUGGUGCUGUUGACAAACAGGGUGCUUGUGGAAAUUGUGCUACUGUUAGUCGAAGACCGCGAGGAGGGAAACGUGUCAGGAGACAGAAAGAGAGGAGGAAAGUCAAGAGUGUAGGACUGAGGGUGGCAACUCUAAAUGUGGGGACAAUGACAGGCAAAGGUAGAGAGCUGGCUGACAUGAUGCAGAGAAGGAAGGUAGAUGUUUUAUGUGUUCAAGAGACCAAGUGGAGGGGCAGUAAGGCUUACAGCAUUGGAGCAGGGUUUAAACUGUUUUACCAUGGUGUGGAUAGAAAGAGAAAUGGAGUAGGGGUGGUCUUGAAAGAGGAGUUAGCAAAGAAUGUAGUAGAGGUGAAAAGAGUGUCAGAUAGGGUGAUGUGUCUGAAGGUAGAGGUAGAAGGUAUGAUGUUGAAUGUUGUCAGUGGUUAUGCUCCACAGGUGGGUUGUGAGAAAGAGGAAAAAGAGAAGUUCUGGAGGGAUCUAGAUGAAGUGAUAGAGAGUAUUCCCAAGGAGGAGAGAGUGGUGAUCGGAGCAGACCUAAAUGGACAUGUUGGUGAAGGAAACAGAGGAGAUGAGGAAGUGAUGGGUAGGUUUGGUGUCAAGGAAAGGAACCAGGAAGGACAGAUGGUGGUGGAUUUUGCCAAGAGGAUGGAAAUGGCUGUAGUCAACACCUAUUUCCAAAAACGGGAGGAACAUAGGGUGACCUAUAAGAGUGGAGGAAGGAGUUCACAAGUAGACUACAUUCUGUGUAGAAGAGGAAACCUGACAGAGAUUGGGGACUGUAAGGUUGUGGUAGGAGAGAGUGUGGCCAGACAGCAUCGGAUGGUGGUGUGUAGAAUGACUGUUGUUGUGAAGAAAAGAAAAAGAGUCAAAUUAGAGAAAAAGACCAAAUGGUGGAAGCUGAGGAAGGAGGAAUGUGGUGAAGAGUUCAGAGAGGAGCUGUUAAAGACUCUGGGUGGUAAGAAAGAGCUUCCAGAUGACUGGGCUACAACAGCAACGGUGAUUAGAGAGACAGGUAGGAAGGUACUUGGUGUGGCAUCUGGACAGAGAAAAGAGGAUAAGGAAACCUGGUGGUGGAAUAGUGAAGUGCAGGAAGCGAUUCAGAGGAAGAGGUUAGCCAAGAAGAAAUGGGACAUUGACAGGACUGACGAAAGUAGACAGGAAUAUAAGGGGAUGAAACGUAAGGCAAAAAGAGAGGUAGCAAAGGCAAAGCAGAAGGCAUAUGAGGAGUUGUAUGGGAGGUUGGACACUAAAGAAGGCGAGAAGGACUUGUAUAGAUUGGCCAGACAGAGGAAUCAGGCUGGAAAGGAUGUGCAGCAGGUUAGACUUGUCAAAGAUAGGAAUGGUAAUGUUCUAACAAGUGAGGAGAGUGUGAUGGGAAGAUGGAAGGAGUACUUUGAGGAGCUAAUGAAUGAAGAGAAUGAAAGGGAAAGAAGAGUAGAGGUCAUAGGAACGGUGGAUCAGGAAGUAGAAAAGAUCAAUGAGAAUGAAGUUUGGAAAGCUUUGAAGAGGAUGAAGAAAGGGAAGGCAGUUGGACCUGAUAACAUACCAGUGGAAGUAUGGAAAUGUCUAGGUGAGAUGGCAGUGAGGUUUUUGACUCAAUUACUCAAUGCCAUUGUUGAGAGUGAAAAAAUGCCAGAGGAAUGGAGGAGAAGUGUGCUGGUGCCCAUUUUUAAGAACAAGGGUGAUGUACAGAGUUGUAACAACUACAGGGGAAUUAAGUUGAUGAGCCACACAAUGAAGAUCUGGGAGAGAGUUGUAGAAGCUAGACUUAGACAAGAUGUAACUAUUUGUGAGCAGCAGUAUGGUUUCAUGCCAAGAAAGAGUACCACAGAUGCCAUCUUUGCUUUGAGGAUGCUGAUGGAGAAGUACAGAGAGGGUCAGAAAGAGCUUCAUUGUGUCUUUGUUGAUUUAGAAAAAGCGUAUGACAGAGUACCAAGGGAGGAGCUGUGGUGUUGUAUGAGGAAAUCUGGAGUAGUGGAGAAGUAUGUCAGACUGGUACAGGACAUGUAUGAGGACAGCAGGACAGUGGUGAGAUGUGCUGUAGGAGUCACAGAUAGCUUUAAGGUGGAGGUGGGGCUACAACAAGGAUCGGCUCUGAGCCCCUUCUUGUUUGCUUUGGUGAUGGAUCGACUAACAGAUGAGGUCAGGCAGGAAUCCCCAUGGACUAUGAUGUUUGCAGAUGAUAUUGUGAUCUGUGGUGAGAACAGGGAACAGGUGGAAGAUAACUUGGAGAGGUGGAGAUAUGCACUUGAAAGAAGAGGAAUGAAAGUCAGCCGUAGUAAGACAGAGUACAUGUGUGUGAAUGGGAGAGAGACAGGUGGAACGGUGAGGCUACAAGGAGCAGAAGUCACAAAGGUGAAGGACUUCAAGUACUUAGGGUCAACUGUUCAGGAAAAUGGGGAGUGUGGUAAAGAGGUCAAAAAGAGAGUCCAGGCAGGAUGGAGUGGAUGGAGAAAAGUUUCAGGAGUGAUUUGUGACAAAAGGGUGACAGCAAAGGUCAAAGGAAAAGUUUACAAGACAGUGGUGAGACCAGCUAUGUUGAUGGACAAGGUUAGGAAUGAGAUAAUCAGAGGUACAGCACAGGUUAAACAACUAGGAGAUAAAGUUAGAGAGGCCAGACUGAGAUGGUUUGGACAUGUCCAGAGGAGGGACAGCGGGUAUAUUGGUAGAAGGAUGUUAGAUAUGCAGCUGCCAGGAAAAAGACAAAGAGGAAGACCAAAGAGGAGAUAUAUGGAUGCAGUUAGAGAGGAC